UGUGCUCCCAAGGCAAUAACACAACAUGGAAUCCAUGUUUGGUUUUGAUUUGGCGGUGGGGCGUUAGCAUCUAACAAUUGGAUUGAAUUAUUUCCUGGGCACAGCUUGUCGACGCAUUCCCUACCGUCCACUGACCACAGAUAUACCCUCCGACAUGGGAAAAGCGUCGCCAAACAGGCAGACGCAGGACAAAUCGAGAGGUGACACCAAACCCUGUGAACCACUGAUUAGGUGUCUGAAAAUACUCCAUGAAGCACUGAAUGUGUCGUCUUUGAGCGCCAUGGUAUCACGGUUGGAGAUAAUGGCCAAACAGAGAGGGAUGGGGUCCCACCUGAGCCCCACUGAGACAACCUGUUACCUCACAGCUGACAUGUUCUACCUAGAGGUCCUACUGCUGCCUGGGGGAGAGGUGGAGGAUGUGAAGUUGGCCCAACAUGGAGAAGCCCCUGUGUCAAGCGAGUCACUACUUCAACUGCUAAAGUCAAAGAAGUUUGAAGAAUUCUCAGUGAAACUGAAAGGCCUUUCCUCCCUGUACAACAUCCCUGGGGACAAUGAGACCAAGAUCAAGGUCUACACAGCCCUUCAGUUCUUGGGGAAAGAUCUACAGAAGAUAUCCCAUUUGCCAAGAGCAUUAAGGGAGUGCAAUCUUCAAGUGGACAUGAUUCUCAAUGGCAGGAUUGGCUAUCUUACGGCAGGGAGUGGAGGUAUCCCAAUGACUAUCCAAUACUACAUCAGCCCUUCUGACAUUCUGUUGGAGAUGUCCGAUUCAGAAAGGGGCAGUGUUGGCCAGUUAGCCUUGGUGACAGUGGGGCCAACUGACUCUACACACAAGCUCCAGAUGGCAUCUGUCAUCCCACAGCCACCUCAGCUUGACGCCCAGGGUCUACCAUUGUUCAGUCCUCUCUGUGAGGUGCUCUCUGAAAUGAUGCCAGCCUGCUUCCAGCUCAAACUGCAGCCACCCCUACCAAUGCUUUCUUCCUUUGUUGAGAAGCUCAGCCAAAUUACAGAUGUUGCCAUAGCUGAUGCUGACCUGCAGUGGGCACCUUUUCCCCAGUUGAUGAUGACCUUAUUAGGGGAGAAUGGUGGCAACAAAACAUGGGAUGGCCAAGAUGCCCACUUUCUAGUGCCCCUCCCAGGUAAAGAGAUACACAGCUAUGUGCUGCCGGGGGCUGCAUGGGAAGAAGCUGCUCUGAGGGGGACGCUGAUGAGUACCAUUCCCUUUACCCACCCCGCCCAUGUCCCUGCCCUACUGGAGCUGCUCCGCCACCAGUGUGCAAUUAACACGCUACUGCUCAGCUGCAUUACCUCUCUCAGGCCUAGCCCAGGUCCAGUGUGUGACCUAUACUGCGAAGUCCUCCCUGAGUCAGGUUCCAGCCUCUCUGUGACCUUUCACCUAUCUAACAGUGACUCUCUAUCUGUUUUGCUGGUGAAUGUGGCAGACUCCCGGAAGCUCACCUGCAGUCUGUUUGCAGUGGGGUCAGAGUCAGAAUCCAUGGAUGAAUAUGUCUCCAGAGUCCUAAAGAGAUGUAUGUCUAUUCCUGUCACCAUGCGUGCCUUGAAUCGGAGGCUGUCCAAGAGGACCUGUGGAGAACCUCUACCUGCAUGCUCCGCCACCAUAUCCACUGCAGAUGUCAGCCCUGCUUCUCCUCUCCCCAUGUCCUGUGAGGCUGACGGCAGUCUCUCUUCUGGCUCUGGCCUGGAGUCCAUUGGCAUCCCUACUACCUCCUCUGCCGUGUUCUCCCAGGAUGCAAUGGGGCCGGAUACCACCGUAACGGCGGCAGAGUCUGCCUUCUGUCUGUCUGUUGCUGAAGUCAAUACAAACCCUACUGCCAACCCUUACCCCCGUGCCUCGGUGUGUGUGUAUUCACAUUGGAUGCACAACAACCAUCUCCCCGAAUUUAUCUAGUCAGUUUAAUGCGUGACCCUCAAAGGGGUUAAAAUGUUUAAGUGAUAUAUUUUUAUUGAAUGGUUCCAAAAAAUAAAGUCUUUUGACCUA